UGAGCUCCGAGGGCUUCCCGCCAGGACCAUGCGAGGCUUCGAGCUCCCACUUUUGCUGUUGGCGCUGGUCCUCUGCCAGGCGCCCCGGGGACCAGCUGCCCCAGUGUCCACAGGCACAGGUGGAGGGACUGUCCUGGCCAAGAUGUACCCGCGCGGCAGCCACUGGGCUGUGGGACACCUAAUGGGGAAAAAGAGCUCGGAUGAGUUCCCAUCCCUGGGCGUGUCUGAGGGAGAUGGCCUGAAGGAGCAGCUGAGGGAGUACAGCCCCUGGGAAGAAGCUGCAAGGAAUUUGCUGGGCGUCCUAGAAGCCAUGGGGAACAGAAGCCAUCAGCCACCUCAGCAUCAGCCUACUUGGGAUUCUGAAGAUGGUAACUACUCUAGCGAUGUUCAAAACGCGAAGUUGGUAGACUCUCUGCUCCAGGUUCUUAAGGGGAAGGGAGGAACCUCCAGCUGAAGGGACAACGACAAGGAAAGCUUCCAUGGAGCAAAACAAAACCCUUCAGAGACUGCGCUCUACAAACAUCCAUUCUCCUGGACCAUCAACUGGAUUUUCUUUGUGCAAUUUACUUAGCGAUUCUUGUAUCUUUCAACUGUGACUAAACUCAUGAUUUCCAAGCAGCAUCUUCUGGUUUGAACUUGUUUCUGUGAACAACUGCCUAGAGAGCUUUCCAAUGAAUGCUUUUUCCAGGCUCUUUGUUGAUUGGAUUCAAGCCUCCAAUCUGCUACCAUUCACAAUAAAAGCUUAAUUAAUCGCAUUGCCCAAAGGGCAACUUGUCCUCUUAUUUCAACUC